AUGAUAAAGGAACAUAAUGUAGAAGCUGUUCUAAUGGUCUGCAGUGAAACAACCCAUCUUCAGUGUGUCAGUGUGUGUUCACACUCAAAUAGAGACAGGUUAGGAUGGUUGUUCAGCUGGCUUCCUGCCUGGUGUCCCACAUCACUGCUGCACCUGAAAGAGGCUGAGGACAAAAUGCUAAAAUGUAUUGCAAGCACAUACAAUAAACGCUAUGUGUGUACAUCUAAUGGAAAUAAAAUAUGGACACUGACUUUCGCUCCGGACCUUUCACAUAAAACUCCGCUUGUUCUCCUGCAUGGGUUUGGAGGAGGUGUUGGACUGUGGGCUCUCAAUUUUGAAGACCUCUGUGAGAACAGGACCGUUCAUGCUUUCGACCUCUUGGGAUUUGGGCGUAGCAGUAGACCGCACUUUGACACUGAUGCUCGGGAAGCAGAAAAACAGUUUGUGGAAUCCAUAGAAGAAUGGAGAAAGGAGGUGGGGUUAGAAAAAAUGAUUUUACUCGGACACAAUCUAGGUGGAUUCCUGGCUGCUGCUUACUCAUUAAAAUACCCGUCAAGGGUCAAACAUCUUAUCUUAGUGGAGCCAUGGGGUUUUCCAGAGAGGCCUGACAAUGCUGAACACGAAAGACCCAUUCCAAUCUGGAUCAAAGUACUAGGAGCUAUAUUGAGUCCAUUUAAUCCAUUAGCUGGGCUGAGGAUAGCAGGACCCUUCGGAUUAAGCCUUGUUCAGCGUUUAAGACCAGAUUUCAAGCGAAAAUAUUCAUCAAUGUUUGAUGAUAACACUGUGGCUGAAUAUAUCUAUCACUGCAAUGUACAGUCACCCAGUGGUGAAACAGCUUUCAAGAACAUGACUAUUCCUUACGGAUGGGCAAAAAGGCCGAUGUUGCAACGGAUUCCACAAAUGGAUCGAGACAUUCCUAUCACUGUGGUCUAUGGAGCACGUUCGUGCAUAGAUGGCAAUUCCGGCAGCACUAUCCAGUCUCUGAGACCAAAUUCGUAUGUGAAGACAAUCGCUAUCCUUGGUGCCGGUCAUUAUGUGUAUGCCGAUCAACCUGAAGACUUCAAUCAGAAAGUGAAAGACAUCUGUGAUUCUGUGGACUGACGGUCUUCUGUUCUUUGGAAAGUCAUACCGUAGAUAGCAUUUAAUAGCAAUACUCCCUUUCCUAAUCACUAAAGAAUGCAGAGCUGAUGGAACAGGCUCUGUUUGCACACAGUUUCUUCUAAGAAGCUAUUUGCACACUUAAACCACUGAGUGCCUUUUGGGGGGGGGGUGGUAGGAAGAUUUGA